UGUGAAGUCCACUCCAUCGCCAACGACCCUGCAACUCUAGAAGAGUUGGAAGCAGAGAUGACCGCCACUGUUCUUCCCCCUCCGCCUGCGGACUUCAAAGGCGAGAGCGAUACAAACCCUGCUUUCCGCCCCCUCGGGUCUCUCUCCUCCUCAAUUGAGCGCAAAGUCGAGCCCUACGGUGCUCAGUUCCUCGCCCACGCUCGUCGUAAGCGCCAUGGGCGCACUUUCAGCGAGGAUGACAGAAUACAAGCUGCUUCUCGUGCCAAAAAGGUCGAGGAAGAAGAUGACGGCGAGAUCAGUGAGCCUGAGGAUCCCAUGAUGCUCGCUCGAGACGCCAAAGAUUGGAGAGGUCAAGAUCACUACGCCGUGCUCGGUCUCUCGAAAUAUCGCUUCAAAGCCACGGACGAGCAGAUCAAGAAAGCUCACCGAAAGAAGGUCCUUAAACACCAUCCUGACAAGAAAGCCGCUGCAGGCCUUGCGGAGAACGACUCAUUCUUUAAAUGCAUUCAACGAGCAAACGAAAUCCUAUCUGAUCCUGUCAAGCGCCGCCAAUUCGACUCCGUGGAUGAGGCCGCUGAUGUUGAACCACCCAGCAAGAAAGAGACACAGAAGCCCAGUGCUUUCUACAAGAAAUGGAACGCAGUCUUCGAGAGUGAAGGCCGCUUCAGCAACAAACAGCCAGUCCCGAAACUAGGAGACGACAACAGCACGAAAGAAGAAGUAGAAGAGUUCUACGAUUUCUUUUACAGCUUUGACUCAUGGCGUACUUUCGAAUAUCUGGACGAGGACGUUCCUGACGACAACGAAGGCCGUGAUCACAAGAGACACAUUUUGAAGAAGAACCAAAAUCAACGUAAGAAGCGCAAGUCUGAGGACAUCGCACGUCUGCGCCAGUUGGUCGAUGACUGCUUGGCUCAAGAUCAACGUAUCAAGAAAUUCCGCGAGCAAGCCAACAAGAACAAGAACAAGAAGAAGUUCGAAAAGGAAGAAGCUGCGAAGCGCGAGGCCGAGGAGAAAGCUCGUGCCAAAGAAGAAGAAGAGCGCAAGAAGAAGGAAGAUGAGGAGAAGGCCAAAGUCGAGAAGGAGCAGAACAAGAAGGCCAAAGAAGCGGCAAAGAACGCAGUCAAAAAGAACAAGCGUGUCGUCAAGGGUAGCGUCAAGGACGUCAACUACUUCGCCGAAGGUGAAGCCAGUGCCUCCGAUGUCGACAGUGUUCUGGACGAUGUCGACAAGAUUUUGGGCAGCAUCGAUCCGGAUCAAUUGGCUGACUUGGUCUCCAAGUUGAAUGUCGCUGGCAAAGAUGCUGGCAAGGUCAAGGAAGCGUUCUCCGAGACGACUGGCGGUCUUGUCGGUGCUGGCAAGCUUAAGGAGGGCGAUCUCAAGGUGUUGAAAUGAGCCAUUGACCACAGUCCAUGAAAGCAAGCGAAUGAACUGUUGUUGGCGAGCUGAGGGACAGGAAGUUUAGGCUGGAUACGCGAGACCAAAAGAGAGUUCUGCAUACUGCAAACUACGAUCAAGCAAGCAUGUUCAAGCAGGUAGAGAAGGGCUUAUGAUGUCGAUAGCAGGCAAAACCGCGACAAACUCAAGGACGCACUUGCAGAGCAUCAAUGCGAAUUAGACUA